UCGCGCUGCUGGCGAUAUGGAGGUGCAGAGGCUCGUUUUCCGUGAGUCGGUGUUGAGCCCUUGGGCAGGGAGACUGGGGUGUCGCAAGACGCAGCCGGAGGGCACUUGUCCACGCUGUAUCCUUUUCAAAUGCGAGCACGAACUCUUUGCGCGUCUUGCGGUCGGCAGCAGCCCCUCCCUUUUCCUGGCCUGCACUGCGUCGUGGUGGAGACGCGACUACUGCUCGGCAAAACUGCAUGAUUUCGUGCAUACGGUUCAUCGCUGAAGUCUUGAACUCCUUAGCGAUCGUCCCAGUCCGUACGGUCGGAAGUUUAGACGCCGUCAACGAUCAGGUCGGGGCCCAGGGUCUCCGGCCGAGAGAGCUGCUACCCGAACUGGUAGUCGACACUUUCCCCAGCACCGCCGCCGCUGACUCCAGAUCCCCUUCCCCGUCUUCCAAGAUGCCGCCGAAGAAGCGAGCCGGUGGAAGUGCUCGUGUGCAGGCUCGGAAACCCAAGAACGAGACUCAAACGUCAGUGACAGCCAUCCUCCCGGUCGAGAAAAAGUCUGCUGCCGAGGAACCGGAAAAUGAGGCCACUUUGAUAGAGUUGGCCAGAUUUCCUGGGUACACCCCCUCCCGACCCACACCUCUGCCCCACUCUCUGGAUACUCUGGAGCAGAUGAGGAGAGUGACUCGGGCACAGGCUAAACUUGCAGCCAAGAGAGAGGGCUACAGAGAGUACUGGAGGGAGAAUUUCUACUCCAUAGCCUCUCAGACUAUCUUCCUGGAUACAUUUUGGUGGUUCUUUCUGGAAAGAUACCAGCCCCACAAGGCAGUGCAGAGUUCGCUGUUCUCUCGAGUCGCAGAAAAUUACGUCACUUUUCUCGCAAACUCAGAGAUUCACACCUGGAAAGACAAAUUCCUAAAGGCAUAUCCAGAUGCUCUGGCACAGUGUGUCUACACUGCCUUCAUCCACGCCUUCCCUGCCUCGUGGAGCAGUUUUGACGACAGCUUCAAGUCGUCUCUGGUGGAAAUCAUCUACCUCUGGCAGACGGGGACUAGGCCAAUGCCAGAGCUGUGGAGACGAUGGAACUUUGACCAUCUCGAUCCUCCAGAUUCCCUGAAAACCAUCGGACAAGAAGAAGAGCCAAUCCACAGGAAAAACACUUUUAAUUUAGAUGCACUGGUAGAUGAGGCAAGGGCAUCAAAUAAUGAGGAAACCCCUUCAAUUAACGGACAUCAUUUGGUGGAUAAAGAGAGAGACAGAGAGUAUUGCUCCCCACCAGCCCACCGUAGUCCCACUCCGCGGCUAAAGAUCAGCAGAGCACAGCUGGAGCAGGUUCUAUCAGGGGGAAAAUUUGCAGCUGAUGAUGAUGAUGAUGAUGAAGAAAGGGGCAGGCACACUCUCUCCCAGCCUGAGAAGAAGGGAAGUAGUGUCAACAAACUGGAUGUGGCUCGAUCUCAGUACAUAAGUCUUCAUCAGAGGACGAUUAGACAUCCACCACCGAGACAGAGUACUGAGAGGGGCGAGCUGGAAAGUGAGAAAACAUCGGCCACUCCUUCGACGUUGUCGGUGCCGACACCACCGCCACCCCUCCCCCAUCAAACACCAAAGAAGACCACUGGAAACAACAGUGGUCAUCCAAUGCUGCCAAAAGUGGUACCCCCAAAGCCAGCAGCAGACACAAGAGGAGGCGUCCCCAGAUCAGUUAGGAAGACUUGCUGUAAGAGAGUGGGGCAAACGAAGGGGCAUCCUCGGCCAGCAAACAAGACCCAAACCAAUAUGCCAUGCAGACAUCCGCCUGCAAAUAAUGGUCCGGGAAAUGUUGCCGGGAGUUGCAAGCCAGUGAGCACGGCCAGGGAGUUCGGACUGCCCAACCAUGUGUUUGGGGACGGAGAGACUUCGUGGAAGGAGAAGGCUCUCAGUGCCAGGGAGAAAACAAGACAGCGACCAUUGAACAUCCUCCAGCAACUGCACCGCCAUCAGGGUGUCCCACUGGCAGUACCGGAGAUGGAGAGUGUUUGUUUCAACCAGUUUGGCCGCAGUCCGCUGGUCAAGCACUACUUGCAGAAGAGACGGCUAAACAAGGUCACGGGGUACGCGAUACUCACCAAGAGAACUGAACUGAAUCAAGUAAUUCCAUCGGGGGCGCCCACCUACGAGGAUGUCAUACAAGAGAGCCUGAAAGAGAGCAAGAAACGAAAUCUAUUUCUCACCAGUCAAAAGAGGCAAAGUAAGAAGCAAUUGCAAGGAAUCUUGCAGGAGAGAACCAAGAAGAGAGACAUCUACAAACAGCAGCUAAAGCAGUUGCUCUCGGCUCAGAAAGAAGUGGAAAGCCUCAGCAAUGAGCUGGUGGCCUACUGGCAGCAGAGAGGAGUGGACAGAAAACAAGGAGAGGCCUCACUCAAACGCACACUCAGUCCCGACAUGCACCAAACUCUCAGCAGCUGCAUUAACCAAGCCUUUCAGCGAUGCUCUGCCCACAAUUCACCCUAGCCCCUCCCACCACUCUCAAUACAGUUUUAAUUUUCUACAAUUCAACAACUCUGUGCCGAAGUAUAACUUUUUAGAAUGGAGUUAUCUAUUGUACAUGAUGUGUUAAUACAGCACGCACACACUGCGGUGAUGCUACAACAGGCAUUCAGACAAUAGAGUGCGUCGCCGCAUACUGACAGUGUUACACAGUGACUAGGGUCUAGUGAACGUCCAGCUUUGUUUUGAGAAGUUCUAUCGCAUCUCUGGCACUGAGUAUCUUUUCUGCCUCUUCGUCCGUUAUUUCACAGCCUAAUUCGUCUUCAAAGGCCAUCACUACUUCAACGGCAUCAAGACUGUCCAUUCCAAGAUCGUUUAUGAAAUGAGCCUCUAAAGUUACUUGCUCGGGCUUUACUUUGUCAAACAUCUUGAGAACAGAGAGCACUUGUUCCUCUAGUUCUUGAAGGGAGAGAGCGGCGGUUGAAGACCAUCUCUGAGCCACAGAGGGAACACGUGGGCCACUGGUAGUGGGCAGGCCGCUCCACACGGGCUCCUGACGCCUCCAACGCAAGCAGCUGGCCGUAGAUACAGGUCUCCACGCACGGAUGGUUGCAGCUCGUGUUUGGAUUGCAGUACGACCGAGAGCGCUGCUCAGAUUGCGGACACAGAGCACGCGAGGAAGACUUGCAGACGCCAUUUUCUCCGCCUGGCAA